AUGCCGAACGUACAGGUGUCGAGCAACGUAUCAUCCGCAGGCGUGGACAAGGUCAAGGUCAUGGCUGCCAUCUCCAAGGCACUGGCCACAGCCCUGGAUAAGUCGGAGCAAGUCGUGAUGGUGCACCUGAACCUGGACAUGCCUAUGCUGUUCCAGGCCUCGGACGCUCCGUGUGCCAUGAUCCAAGUCAGAAGCAUUGGAAAGGUGGAUGCCCAGCACAACCCCACGACAGCGUCCAUGCUGACGGAGACCGUAAGCCAGGAGCUGAACAUUUCCAAGGACCGCAUCUUCAUGAACAUCGACGACGUGCUGCGCUCGAACUGGGCCAAGGGCGGCGUGCUCAUCCCGGAGCCCAAGUAA